CUCUCUCUCUCUCUCUUUGCCCCGCCCACCCUCGACCGGUAAAAGCAGGACCUCCCCUACGAGGGACCGUUUUUUCGGUUGCUAAGCAACGCCCUCCCUCAGGAUCGGCCUGGGAGACCCCUCUCGCCUAUAUUAACCCGACCCUGAAGCCUCUCUGCCUCAGAACGGCGUCAGAAGCAGCGCCGGCGCCAGCGAGAGAGAGGACUGUCCUCCUGCUUCUUCUGAAGAAACUUUUGGCGCUGUGUCCCAAUGGAGGACUCUCCAGAGCCGGCGGCGGUCACGGAAAGGGCCGCUGCGUGCAGCCCCAACUCCUUCCUCCUCAGGGAGGCUGUGGGAGAGCCCGACCUGGAGCAGACUUUGGAGCGGUAUCACCGGAGUCUACGCGACCGUGCUAGUAAAAGCCUCAAUCAACUGAAGCAGGCCUUGGAUGAAAAAGAUAUGGCAAUAGGGGAAGGCACAGCUGUGUUUGACCAAUUGUGUAAUAAUAUAGGCUAUGAAGAAAGUGAGGAGAGAACAUGGCAGGAGCUCCAGUACAGCCAUGCAGUUAAUCAGCUUAAAGCUUUAUUACGACAACAAGAAGAAAAAGAAAGUGAAAUGUCCCCUUCAAGGAGGAGGAGAAUGUCACCCACAAGAACAGCUAAAGCUGCAGAUCAGAGUUUACCUGCCCUUUGUGAUCUUGUACCGAUCGUUCAUGACCAGUCUCAAUAUAUUAACCACCUGGAGGCUGAAGUCAAAUUUUGCAAGGAGGAAAUGUCUGAACUUAAAUCUCGAAUUCAUGUGGUUGUGCUUGAAAAUGAAAAGCUUCAUGAUGAUCUAAAAAUGCUAACAGUGGAGUGCACACUUAGAGGACAAACUCUCCUGGAUACCUCAGCAACUCCUCAAAAUGCCUGUGGUGCUUAUUCUCAUGUUGGCGAAGCUGGUAAAUCGUCAUCUCACAAAAACGAGCAAGCUGCAGUAGCUACAUUAGAGAUUGAUAAAUGGCAACUAGAGCUGGACAAGUUAAAAUGUCUGCAUCAAGAAAGGACAGAAGCACUUGAAGCCCAGGUCCAGUCUUUAAGAAAGCAGUUAGCAGAGUCACAAAAAAACUGUGAAGAACUAACUGGAAGAUUAAGGCAUCAGGAUAUGCUUUCUACAGCAAGUAGUUCCAAUCGGGCUGGUGGCCUUUGCUUAAAAUGUGCACAACAUGAAGCUGUUCUUUCCCAAACUCAUUCAAAUGUCCACAUGCAAACCAUUGAACGACUGACAAAGGAGAAAGAGGAAUUACUAGCAGCCCUUUCUUCACUGAGAAUAAAUCUAAGUGAAAUGCAGAGAAGGGAAUGUAGUGCUUAUGAACAAGUGAAGCAAGCUGUACACAUGACUGAAGAAGCCAAUUUGGAAAGAACUAAGGCUUUUGUUCAGUGUGAACAACUUAAAAAUGAAAUGGAGAGACAGAGGAAUCGUCUUGAAAGGGAGUUAGGAAUCCAGCUAGAUAAGAGGGCCCAAGAGCGAGAAGCAGUACGUGAAGAAAUGAAGAAAGAAAAAGAGAAUUUAUCAUCCAUGGUGAUGUCUUUAUCUCAGAAUGUUGCUAGUCUAGAGGCUCAGGUUGACAGGAUUACCAGAGAGAAGAUCUCAUUAGCAAGUCAACUGGAGGAAGCUCAUAAUCAAAAUGCUUCUCAUGAAAUGGAGAUUAAUAAGGUGUGUGGAGAAAUACGUUAUCAAUUGAAUCAGACCAAAAUGAAGAAGGAUGAGGUAGAAAAGGAACACAGAGAGUAUAGAACAAAAACUAUGAGAGAACUUGAAAUUAAAGACCAGGAAAUAGUGAAAUUACAAGCAGAGUUUAAUCAAAAUAAACAACGUUUGGAACAAGCACACCAGGAUAUUGCAGGUGCAAAGGAUGAAUGUCUGAAAUUAACAGAAUUGCUAGGAAAAGCUGAGCACCAACUGCACCUUACCAGGUUAGAAAAAGAGAACAUUCAGCACAGCUUUAGCAAGGAAGCAAAGACCCGAGCCCUUCAGGCCCAGCAGAGAGAACAGGAGCUGACACAGAAGAUGCAGCAAAUGGAGGCCCAGCAUGAUAAAACUGUAAAUGAAUUGGAUGCAUUGCUACGGUCCCAGAAUGUGCUCCUAUCAAAAUUAAAAGAAGAAUGUUGCACUCUGGCGAAGAAGCUUGAAUAUAUUACAGAAAAAAGCAGAUCUGAAAUUGGCCAGCUUAGUCAGGAAAAUGAAUACAUCCAUGACAGACUUGAGAGGAUGCAGAAAAGGAAUGGUGAAUUGGAGGUCCAGUGUGUCCAGCAUGGAAAGAUGCAUGAGAAAAUGAAGCUAAGGUUACACCAGCUUGACAAGCAUUGCCAGACCACUGCCCAACAGUUGGUGGAGCUGCUGAACAAGCAGAAUGAACUAUACAAGGAGAGGCAGGCACUUAAGGAAGAGGUGGACUUCCUGCAGACUCAGUUACCCCAUGAAUCACAGCCAUUAUGAUGAACUGGAGCUUACUUUGAAACUGCAUUCAUUCAGUGAAAAUGCUGACAGGUUACGUUGCUGCAGGAGGACCUGAAGAGCUGCCCAUCCAAAUGAGCCCCUUGGCCAAGAGAGUGCUGCAAUUGUCACUUCCCAGCAUUCCAAUCUGCAGCACCUUAGAAAUGGUUUACUUGGUGCACUACUUGGCUUAAGAGGUAUGUGUUUGAGGGGUGGCAUUGGCAGAAGUAACUAUGAUGAUGGAGCAAUGUCUUUGUGACUACAUUUGAUGAUGGACAGAGGGUUUUUUAAAAAAUAUAUAAAAUCUGAAUUCUCAAAAACAAGAUUAAAAAUAGUGCACAAUAAAAACCAGAAAGCAACAUUGCCAAUUCUUGGAUCUGUUAUGAUUCUAAGACAGGUAGAAUGUAAAUUAAAAAUGCUAAGCUUAUGAGGACAUGCUGAAGUUUUCACACAGUAAGUCAAUAUUCAUGGUACAUAGUUGUUUGCAGUAUGUUUAUUUGUUGGACAUCAUUAAGCACCCACAAAUGAGAAAAUUUAUUUAAAGAAUAUAAACAAAAUAAAUAGUCAUGGUGACCUUUGAAAUGGCUUUAUCGGUGCUGUAAUUUUCCUAAACAGUGUCUGUUUUCAACCAAAACAUCACGAUACCUUUCCUGUCAAACAUACUUAAAAAAAUAUGUUCAUCACCCUUAUACCUCAGCCACUUUUGGUAGUCCAUCAAGGGACAAAGCUAGUAAUGAUAGUAGAAAAAUCAGUUUAAAUACAGGUUUAAACAGAUAAAUCCAAAGAAAGGUGUUCUCUUUUUUCAGGACAAUGCACUUGCUCACAGGGCAGGCAAGAUUAUGGAUAUUUGAAGACUCUGGGGUUUGAGACCAUCCACUCUGUUUACCAGAUCUUGCUCCAUCUGAUGAUUUCCUGCUUCUAGACUUUAGAAAAAGUUUGAAAGGAAGAAAAUUUUCAAAUGAUUC